GGAGGCAGUUUCAAUUCUCAUCCCUGAACUCUAGCUGGCCUUGUCAUGUCAGGGGGGAGAUUGCAAAUAUGAGAGAAGCAUCCUUGUCCAAGCACGCACACCCAGCUGCCCAGCACUCAGUGCCACGUCUCGCUUUCAAACAAUCUCUACAGCCACCAUUUACCUAUAAUCCAAGUGGCAGCCUAAUCCUUACAAAAACAAGACAAAAAUCUCCCACUCCACCACUUCACUCUUUCAUAAGAUUUAAAUCCUUUUCAAGUUGAUCAAAAUAUAUUUUUCUUUUGUCUGGUUCUCGUUACAUUUCGUGUUCAAGUUGCUGACAAAGAUGGUUUCUUGAAUAUUCUACCAGAUAGGUAAGGUGGGGGCCCUUUUCUUGGUGUCUUGAGGCUCCGAUAAGUAUUGCUUAUUCUAUAGUGCAAUUGCGUCAAUUGAGUGUGGGCUAGCGGUUUGUUUAAUAGUAAGGAAGAGAUGAUAGAAGAGAAGAAGUUUCUCACAGUAGCACCAUUUCAGUGUGCUUGGAGAAAAGAUUUGAAAUUUAGGGAAGCAGGAAGAGGCUGUGUGACUUUUGAUGCUUUUGCUCACAAUGAUGUUACAGUGGUGUUUAGGGAGAAUGUAGGAAGCCAACACUACCAUUAUAAGAGGGAUAACAGUCCUCAUUAUACUGUGAUUCUUGGGAGUCAUAGGAAUCGCCGAUUGAAAAUUGAGGUUGAUGGCAAAACAGUUGUUGAUGAGGAGGGAGUUGCGCUUUGCUGCUCUUCCACUUUUCAAAGUUAUUGGAUCUGUAUUUAUGAUGGGUUGAUUAGUGUUGGCAAAGGGAGAUACCCUUUUCAGAAUCUUGUGUUUCAGUGGUUAGAUUCGAACCCAAACUGUAGUGUUCGGUAUGUUGGUCUUAGCUGUUGGGAUAAACAUGUCGGGUAUAGAAAUGUCAACGUGUUGCCAUUACCAAAUAAUCAUAUGUUGCUAUGGAAGCAAGUUGACUCCGGAGAAUAUGAGGGGAAGGAAGAGGAGCUAGAAGGUGAACAGAUGAGCUAUGAGAAAUGGGGACUUGAAAAUUUUCUUGAGAGUUGGGAAUUAUCUGAUGUAUUGUUCAUUGUUGGCAAGGACAGAAGACAUGUCCCAGCUCAUAAGGUUAUCUUACAAGCAUCUGGUAAUUUUCCUUUGAGCUUGCCAAAUGAAGAUGUUAUUCAGCUCCAGAACAUAUCAUAUCCAAUUCUUCAUGCACUUCUUCAAUAUAUAUACACUGGCCAGACACAGAUUUCAGAGGCGCAACUUGGUUCUUUGCGGGCUCUGAGCUUACAAUUUGAAGUGAUGCCACUGGUGAGGCAGUGUGAGGAAACUGCAGAACGAUUUAAACUGAAUAAGAAGUUAUUUGACUCUGGUAAGAGUGUGGAAUUAUCAUAUCCAAGCUUCCAGCCCCAUUGCCGUAUGGCCUUUCCUUCUCAACUACCUAUGAAUGUGAAAAGGCUUAAGCAGUUGCAGUCGACUGGAGACUAUAGUGACAUAAACAUUUACAUUGAGGGUCAUGGUCUUGUUGCUCAACUUCACAAAGUCAUUCUAAGUUUAUGGAGUGUUCCAUUUUCAAAGAUGUUUACAAAUGGAAUGAGUGAGAGUAGCUCCUCGGAGGUUUUCUUAAGCGAUGUGUCACCUGAAGCCUUCAAGGUCAUGCUUGAAUUCUUGUAUAGCGGAGUGCUAAGCCUGGAAGAUUCUGUGGAAUUUGGAACCUUGCUACUCCAGGUUCUUUUGUUAGCUGAUCAAUUUGGGGUCACUCACCUUUACCAAGAAUGCUGCAAAACACUUUUAGAGUGUCUCUCUGAGGACUCAGUAUGUCCAAUCCUUCAAGCGGUGUCAUCAAUUCCAUCAUGUAAACUCAUUGAAGAAACAUGCGAGAGGAAAUUUGCUAUGCACUUCGAUUAUUGUACCACCGCAAGCCUUGACUUCAUCUUAUUAGAUGAGUCAAAUUUUAGCAAUAUCAUUCAGCAUCAAGAUCUAACUGUAACAUCUGAAGAAAGAGUCCUCAACGCAAUAUUCAUGUGGGGUAUGAGAGCUAAAGAAUUGUGUGGAUGGGAGGAGGUAUCUGAGCUACUUGCACUUUCAACUCCUGACUUCCUUUUCAAGGACAGGCUUCAAUCCCUGGAUGACUUCUUGCCAUUUGUGCGAUUUCCAUUGAUGCCACAUGACUUGCUUAAGAAGCUGGGGCAGAGCAACCUAGGCAGGCAUGUUCCCAUCUUUCACGAUCUUGUGCGAGAAGGCAUCAGUUAUGUAGAAUUCGAAUCCCUAAGGCCUGGGAAUGAACAAAAACAACUGUCUUAUUUUUGUAGCCUAAGGUUUCAACAUAGGCGAUCUAGCUACAAGGAGCUUCAGUACAUAUCUGAUGGUGACAGCAAUGGAGUACUCUACUUUGCUGGUACAUCUUACGGGGAACAUCAGUGGAUUAAUCCCCUUUUGGCGAAGAGAAUCACGAUCACUGCCAGCAGCCCCCCUUCGAGAUACACUGACCCCAAGGCUUUAGUGUCACGAACUUACCAGGGAACGUGCUUUGCUGGGCCUCGUGUGGAAGGUGGACAAAUACAUGCAUGGUGGAUGAUUGACAUCGGCCAAGAUCAUCAGCUUAUGUGCAACUACUACACUUUGAGACAAGAUGGGUCAAGAGCCUUCAUACGAUAUUGGAAUUUGCAGGGUUCACUGGAUGGGAAGACCUGGACAAACUUGAGAGUGCACGAGAACGAUCAGACAAUGUGCAAGGCUGGUCAGUUUGCAUCGUGGCCCAUAACCGGGCCACAAGCUCUACUUCCAUUUAGAUUCUUCAGGGUUCUUCUUACAGGUCCCACGACAGAUGGCUCGAACCCGCACAAUUUGUGCAUUUGCUUCUUGGAACUCUAUGGUUACUUCCACUAGUUUGAUGAUUAUGGGAUUGCACGCCUCCGUUUUUCGUGCUUCUUUUUAUUUUUAUGGUAUUUAUAAAUGCUCCUUCCCGUCCAAUAAAAUGCAUCCAUCCAUUGCUGUAACCAAACAAGAAGAGGGAAAAAAACUCAUUACUGCACCUUUGUACA